AUGGAUCUGCUCCGUCUCCUCAUCGUGCUGGCCCUGUGCUGGCCUGCGCAGGGCACCUGGGACAGCUGUGGGGGGACCUGCGGGCUCCUGAACAUGGCUGCUGAAGACGGGACCUCGCCUGUGCUCGGGGGAAAAGACGCCCUGGCAGGGCCCCAGCCCUGGAUCGUCAGCAUCCAGGACCCCUGGGCAGCAGGCACCGGACAUGUGUGUGGAGGGUCCCUCAUAAGCCCACAGUGGGUCCUGACAGCAGCCCACUGCUUCCUCGAGGCCAGGAACAUCACCAUGUGGCGCGUGGUGGUCGGGGCCACCCGCUUGACCCAGCUGGGCCCGGAGGCCCAAGUGCGGAAUAUCAAGCGGCUUCUGGUUCACGAGGACUAUGGGAACAUCCCGCACAGGCAGGACAUUGCGCUGCUGGAGUUGGACCAGCCUGUGCAGUGCAGCAGCUCCAUCCAGCUCGCCUGCGUGCCCGACGCCUCGCUGAACGUGUCCGAGCUGACGACCUGCUACGUCAGCGGCUGGAGGGCCUCGACGGCGAGCGAUGUAAGAACAGUGGAUGUGCUGCAGGAGUCCAAGGUCCACCUCAUCGACCUCAACGUCUGCAACACCAGCCGGUGGUAUGCAGGGGCCCUCCACCCCCACAACCUGUGCGCUGGCUCCCCGCAGGGCGGCAUCGACACCUGCCAGGGGGACAGCGGUGGUCCUCUCGUCUGCAAAGACAGCACUGCUGACUACUUCUGGCUCGUUGGGGUGACCAGCUGGGGGACAGGCUGCACGAGAGCAAACAGGCCUGGAAUCUACACCUCCACUCAGCACUUUUACAGCUGGAUCCUCGAACAGAUGGGGCUGAGCCCCGAAGUAACGGCAGCUCCAACGCCACAGCCAGCCUUCCCCUCAACCCCCUUGCAGACGCCAAGGCCAACACCAACACCAUCAGGCGGGUUCAGCUCUGACACCCUUCGACCCCAGAAGAUGGUGGAAUUCUUCACUUGGUUGCAGGAGCUGGUGCUGAACCUGUGGGAAGGGCUGAGCAGCAGGAUGGAGAGGAUCCAGUGCAGGCUGCAGUGCACCACGGCCACCUCCUGCAGGGGCUCUGCCUGCUGAGCCAAGGGCAGCCUCAGCGUCAGCGGCCUGCUCGGUCCUGCCCACGCCCCUCCGCCUGCACAAAAAAAUGACUUUUUCUUAGUUGUUGAAUAAAGUUGCCAUGUUGCACAGCUCACCAGGCUUCGGUUCCAUUCCGUCUCCUGUGCAAGGCAAGGAUUCCAUGCCCGGCCCCUGCAAAGUGAGGCUGCAGGCAGCCAAGUGGGGCACAAAGGGGAAGAGUGACUCCGAGGGGUGACCCCGAGCCUGGUCGGAGGGGAGGGUCAGGGUGCAGUGGGAGAAGGGACCACUGGUCACAGGGCCGAGAGGUCUUGGGGACAGCAGCUGGAACACAGAGUGUCUUAGGGCGGGUGCUGGUGGGACCCCGGUGUGCGUGUGUACAGGGCUCCAGUGGGCUUGAACCUGAACUCUGGUGACCCGGGAGACACGGCUCUGGACAGAGCCAGGCU